AUUAAACGCGAGAUUUAAAUUUUUCGUGUAACACAACAGAUCCAACAGAUCUGUUUGUUGUCGAGAAUUGUCUGACCAUUUAUAUUUUUAUUCGACAACCGUUCAAAAUUAUUCGUUGUGAUAUGGAUCAAGAAUGUUACUCGUCCAUGUAUAAAUGGUUUGAGAAAUCUGGUGUGUUAUCGAACAUAAGAACGCACCUUCGUCAGAAUCUAAUUAACGCAUUGAAGAAUAAGGAUCUUGGUUUGAAAACCGAUCAUCCCAAAUCCGCAAAACAGUAUGUUUACGAUCUAUUGAUAGCAGAGUAUUUAUUUAAUCUUAAUUAUGCUUAUACCCUGUCGGUAUUUGCCAGUGAAGCACCACUUUUAAUCAAUUUCUCGAACAAGACGGUUCAGAGUUCCGAUGGGAGCGAGAGUGGUGUAAAAGAGAAGUUACAAAAUGAUUAUGUGUUCCAUGUACUAGAGACACUAGGUAUUAAUCCCCAUGACGUAAAAGGACAAUAUGUUGUAUCGCAAUACGUUGAGAAUGAUAUGCCGCUGCUCUUGUGUAUAUUGAAGUGCAUAACUAUGUUUUCUUAUAAUACGCACAAUAGCGUACCAAUAAAAGAGAAUGUAGCUCUCUGCAACGAAUCUACUCAAACAAAAUUUUCGUGGGUGUCUUAUAACUCACAUGUGGAAAAGUUACUUGCAUUGAAGAGAAAGGUAUCGAUGCAUAAACAAGUAGUCAAUAACAAAUUGCAAGAGAGAGAGACGAUGCUGAAAGAACAAGCAGUGCUUGUUGAACAGCAAGUUGAAAUGUUGAACACAAAAUUGCGACAGGUUCAGAAUGUCAUGCAUUCGAUGAGCUUGAAAGAAAAAGAAUUGAAGGAGACGAAGCAGUGUAACGAACAGAAGAUUCUACAGAAAGAAAUGGAAUUGGCAUCAAAGGAAAGAUUGUUAUUACAAGAAGAAAAUAGACUGCAGAGGGAACAGAAUUUCUGUAUGAAACUGGAGGAAGACUUGAAACAAUUGCAAGAACAGAAGAAAUUGGAAGGUGUAUCUACUAGUCAAAAUUUACAAAAUAUGGAGGUUCAAACGGACUUUGUUAUCGAUAUGUUGCAAGAAGACAAAAUCAAAGUACUAACUAAAGAGAAGGAGGAAUUGAAUGCUCUUAUACAAGAGCAACAAUUAAGAAUAGAACAGAUCACCCAACGUGCUCUUCAGUUGUCUCGGCAAAUAGAAGGAAUACGAGUUUUAAGGCCUGCUACCAUCGAAGUUCCAACUCAAACUGUAAAUACAAAUACAAUUGUUAGCGAAAGCAGUUCGACAGAAGAUAUUCUUCAAGAUGCGAAACUGAGGCUUAAACGGCUAGAGGAGGAGAGUCUGAAAGCAGAUCAAUAUUACUACAAUUUUAUCAAUAAUUCACCGUAACAUUAAUACACAGUGCUUUAGUAGCAAUAAAAUGAGUAUCAUUGAAACAACAUGUACAAAAUACAGUAUUCACGCUGCAAUGAAAUUUAUAUUAAUUAUUUUAUCUACAAAGUAGGUAAGAGUUUGAUGGAUAUGUAUGUCACUGUGAUAGUUCUCUGUGUUUUAGAGGAAAUUUGAAAUAGUGAUCAUAAAUAAUCAUUGAACAACAAACCACGGAUCGUCCGACAAUGUCUUUAUUGAAAUCAUCAACUGCUAUUUAUUAUAAAUUAUAUAAAACAUUUCUGUAGUAUGUACAAAUC